AUGCAGUCUUACGUUGUUCCUCUGUUUUAUGCUGUCGGAGAAUGGCUUACUCUAGUGUUAGAGACAGCGAUAUGUCGUUCAGAGAGAGAUUGAGAUGUGGGUUUGCUGACAGUAAUGUCCACGAAGCUGUUGCUUUGUUCCAUCAGAUGGUUCGGUCUCGCCCCCUCCCUUCAAUUAUCGAUUUCAACAUGCUGUUGAGUGCCAUCGCCAAGAUGAAACGGUAUGAUGUUGUGAUUUCGCUUUUCAAAUCAAUGGAAUUGGUCGGGGUUUCACACAAUCUCUACACUUUGAGCAUUCUGAUCAACUGUUUCUGUCGCUCACGUCAAGCGGUCUUAGGAUUUUCGAUUUUUGGAAAGAUCAUGAAGUCGGGUUACGAGCCUAGCGCUGUCACAUUCAACACUCUGAUCAAUGGGUUCUGCAUCCUAGGUGAAGUUUCCGCAGCUUUAGACUUGAUGGAGCGAAUGGUGGAUGCAGGACUUCAGCCUGAUGUCGUAACAUUUAACACUGUCGUCAACGGAUUUUGUCUCAAGGGUAGAAUUCACGAGGCAGUAACUUUGACUGAGCGGAUGGUAGAGAAAGGCUGUCACCCCAAUACUCGUACAUAUAACACCAUUUUGAACGGUAUUUGCAAGCUAGGGGAUUCUGCUUUAGCUCUGGAUUUGAUCAAGAAGAUGGAGGAAAGGUGCACGGUGGUCACUGUCGUAACAUAUAAUACGAUUAUCGAUUGUCUUUGCAAAUCUGGGAACAUCGACAAUGCGUUGAACGUCUUUAGUAAGAUGGAUGAUCGAGGAGUUUUAUCAGAUGUCAUUACCUAUAACACUUUGGUUAAUGGCAUGUGUAGUUUAGGCAGAUGGAACGAUGCCUCGCGAUUACUGAAGGAUAUGAUGAGAAGAAAAAUCAUGCCAGAUGUAGUUACUUUCAACGGAUUAAUCGAUAAAUUCAUUAAAGAGGGGAUGUUUCUAGAGUCUAAAGAACUGUACGAACAGAUGCUCCAGAGAGGUUUGGUACCGGAUACGGUCACUUAUAAUUCUCUUAUUGAUGGGUUUUGCAUGCAGAAUCGUCUUGAUCAAGCAAGACAAGUGUUUGAUUCUAUGGUUACCAAGGAAUGUUUUCCAAAUGUAGUGACAUUUGGUGCUCUCAUAAAUGGAUACUGCAAGUCUGGUAGGGUUGAUAAGGGUCUCGAGCUCUUUAGUGAGAUGUCUCGAAGAGGGGUGACUGCUAAUAACAGAAUUUACAACUCUCUCAUUCAAGGAUUUUGCCAGGCAGGCAACAUUGAUGCUGCCCAGACACUUUUCUUCGAGAUGCAGCGUCGCGGUCCACAUCCUGAUCUAAUAACUCACAAUAUUUUGCUUGAUGGACUAUGUAAAAAUGGAAAACUGGAUGAAGCAUUGGAAUUGUGCAGCAAGAUGGAAAAGGAUGGGAUGAGCCUUGAUAUAGCUGUACACAAUAUUAUCAUUCAUGGCAUGUGCAAGGCGAAAAAGAUUGAUGAGGCAUUGCAGUUGUUUAAUCUGCUUUCGGAUAAAGGGGUGGAACCAAAUGUGAUAACAUAUAAUACGAUGAUUUCGGGACUCUGUCGGAGGGGUUUAUUUGGUGAAGCCGAGAAGUUAUUUAGUGAGAUGAAAGAGACUGGUUGUUUGCCGAAUGAUCGUACAUACAACACAUUGGUCCAGGGUUAUCUAAAUCACGGAUACACGUUAAAGGGUAUCAAACUUAUAAAAGAAAAGAAGAGAUGCGGGUUCUCUGCAGAUGCGUCAACGAUAAAGAUUGUAGUAGAUAUGGUAUGUGACGGUAGGUUGGGCCAAGAGUUUUUGGAUUCUCUUUGAUAACGGGACCUUGCUUCCUGUGAUGGCAAUCGUCUGAGUAGGAGACAGCCCGGUAAGGUUAUGAGAUGGAGUGUCAACUUCAUCUUUGAUGAGAAGUCAACUUAACAAAGUCUUCUCGCUGAGGAAAACAUCACAAUAAGGUUACCAUGAAACCUACUGUGGUUGCAUCAAUCAUUCUACAGAUCACUUCCUCAUGUCUGUCUCAUGAUGAAGCUGAAUUUAAAAGCUGCUCUAGGUUUCUCUCUGUAUGUUCUGAAGCUUCACGAUGUCGCCGAUGGUUCGGAGAGUGGCUGCCGUUGCAGUGUCUUCUGCAUCAUGCUUCAUUUGUACUCCUCUCUCACACAAAGGUAUUUCCAAUGCAGUCUUACGUUGUUCCUCUGUUUUAUGCUGUCGAAGAAUGGCUUACUCUAGUGUUAGAGACAGCGAUAUGUCGUUCAGAGAGAGAUUGAGAUGUGGGUUUGCUGACAGUAAUGUCCACGAAGCUGUUGCUUUGUUCCAUCAGAUGGUUCGGUCUCGCCCCCUCCCUUCAAUUAUCGAUUUCAACAUGUUGUUGAGUGCCAUUGCCAAGAUGAAACGGUAUGAUGUUGUGAUUUCGCUGUGCAAAUCAAUGGAAUUGGUCGGGAUUUCACAUGAUCUCUACACUUUGAGCAUUCUGAUCAACUGUUUUUGUCGCUCACGUCAAGCGGUCUUGGGAUUUUCGGUUUUUGGAAAGAUCAUGAAGUUGGGUUACGAGCCUGAUACUAUCACAUUCAGUACACUAAUCAAUGGGUUCUGCAUCCUCGGUGAAGUUUCCGCAGCAUUAGACUUGAUGGAGCGAAUGGUGGAUGCGGGACUUCAACCUAAUGUCGUAACAUUUAACACUGUCGUCAACGGUUGUCUCAAGGGUAGAAUUCACGAGGCAGUAACGUUGGCUGAGCGGAUGGUAGAGAAAGGCUGUCACCCCGAUACUUUUACAUAUAACACCAUUUUGAACGGCAUUUGCAAAGUAGGAGAUUCUGCUUUAGCUUUGGAUUUGGUCAAGAAGAUGGAGGAAAGGUGCACGAUGGUCGAUGUCGUAACUUAUAAUACGAUUAUCGAUUGUCUUUGCAAAUCUGGGAACAUAGACGAUGCGUUCGGCGUUUUCAAUAAGAUGGAUGAUCGAGGAGUUGUAUCGGAUGUCAUUACGUAUAACACUUUGAUAAACGGGCUCUGUAUUUUCGGUAGAUGGAACGACGCCUCACAAUUGUUGAAGGAUAUGAUGAGAAGAAAAAUCAUGCCCGAUGUAGUUACUUUCUCCGGAUUAAUCGAUAAAUUCAUUAAAGAGGGCACGUUUCUGGAGGCUAAAAAACUUUACGGACAGAUGCUCCAGGGAGGUUUGGUACCGAAUAUGGUCACUUAUACUUCAUUGAUUGAUGGGUUUUGCAUGCAGAAUCGCCUUGAUGAAGCAAGACAAAUGUUUGAUUCUAUGGUUACCAUGGGAUGUUUUCCAAAUGUAGUGACGUUUGGUGCUCUCAUAAAUGGAUACUGCAAGUCUGGUAGGGUCGAUAAGGGUCUCGAGCUUUUGAAUGAGAUGUCUCGAAGAGGGGUGACUGCUAAUAACAUAAUUUACAAUUCUCUCCUUCAAGGAUCUUGCCAGACAGGCAACCUUGAUGCCGCCCAGACGCUUUUCUUCGAGAUGCAAUGUCACGGUCCACUUCCUGAUCUAAUAACUCACAAGAUUUUGCUUGAUGGGCUGUGUAAAAAUGGAAAACUGGAUGAAGCAUUGGAAUUAUGCAGCAAGAUGGAAAAGGAUGGGAUCAGCCUUGAUAUAGUUGUAUAUAGUAUUUUCAUCCAUGGCAUGUGUAAGGCGGAAAAGGUUGAUGAGGCAUUGCAAUUGUUUAAUUUGCUUUCGGAUAAAGGGGUGGAACCAAAUGUGAUAACAUAUAAUAUGAUGAUUUCGGGACUCUGUCGGAGAGGUUUAUUUGGUGAAGCCGAGAAGUUAUUUAGUGAGAUGAAAGAGACUGGUUGUUUGCCGAAUGAUCGUACAUACAACACAUUGAUCCAGGGUUAUCUAAAUCACGGAUACACGUUAAAGGGUAUCAAACUUAUAAAAGAAAAGAGAUGUGGGUUCUCUGCAGAUGCGUCAACGACAAAGAUUGUGGUAGAUAUGCUAUGUGACGGUAGGUUGGACAAAGAGUUUUUGGGUUCUCUUUGUUUGGAUUUGGAUAUCAAAUGCGUUGAGACCGUCAAGGAUCUCCAAUCUGAUCGUUCUUUGGAUGAUUUGCAGACAGCCCGCUUCACGAUGUCGCCGAUGGUUCGGAGAGUGGCUGCCGUUGCAUUGUCAUCUGCGUCAUGCUUCAUUCGUACUCCUCUCUCUCACAAAGGUAUUUCCGAUGCAGUCUUACGUUGUUCCUCUGUUUUAUGCUGUCGGAGAAUGGCUUACUCUAGUGUUAGAGACAGCGAUAUGUCGUUCAGAGAGAGAUUGAGAUGCGGGUUUGCUGACAGUAAUGUCCACGAAGCUGUUGCUUUGUUCCAUCAGAUGGUUCGGUCUCGCCCCCUCCCUUCUAUUAUCGAUUUCAACAUGUUGUUGAGUGCCAUCGCCAAGAUGAAACGGUAUGAUGUUGUGAUUUCGUUUUGCAAAUCAAUGGAAUUGGUCGGGAUUUCACAUGAUCUCUACACUUUGAGCAUUCUGAUCAACUGUUUUUGUCGCUCACGUCAAGCGGUCUUGGGAUUUUCGGUUUUUGGAAAGAUCAUGAAGUUGGGUUACGAGCCUAAUACUAUCACAUUCAGUACACUAAUCAAUGGGUUCUGCAUCCUCGGUGAAGUUUCCGCAGCAUUAGACUUGAUGGAGCGAAUGGUGGAUGCAGGACUUCAACCUGAUGUCGUAACAUUUAAUACUGUCGUCAACGGAUUUUGUCUCAAGGGUAGAAUUCACGAGGCAGUAACUUUGACUGAGCGGAUGGUAGAGAAAGGCUGUCACCCCAAUACUCGUACAUAUAACACCAUUUUGAACGGCAUUUGCAAGAUAGGGGAUUCUGCUUUAGCUCUAGAUUUGAUCAAGAAGAUGGAGGAAAGGUGCACGGUGGUCGAUGUCGUAACAUAUAAUACGAUUAUCGAUUGUCUUUGUAAAUCUGGGAACAUCGACAAUGCGUUGAACGUCUUUAGUAAGAUGGAUGAUCGAGGAGUUUUAUCAGAUGUCAUUACCUAUAACACUUUGAUUAAUGGCAUGUCUAGUUCAGGCAGAUGGAACGACGCCUCACAAUUGUUGAAGGAUAUGUUGAGAAGAAAAAUCAUGCCGGAUGUCGUUACUUUCUCCGGAUUAAUCGAUAAAUUCAUUAAAGAGGGGAUGUUUCUAGAGUCUAAAGAACUGUACGAACAGAUGCUCCAGAGAGGUUUGGUUCCAAACACGGUCACUUAUAAUUCACUGAUUGAUGGGUUUUGUAUGCAGAAUCGUCUUGAUGAAGCAAGACAAGUGUUUGAUUCUAUGGUUACCAAGGGAUGUUUUCCAGAUGUAGUGACGUUUGGUGCUCUCAUAAAUGGAUACUGCAAGUCCGGUAGGGUCGAUAAGGGUCUCGAGCUCUUGAGUGAGAUGCCUCGGAAAGGGUUGGUUGCAAAUAACAUAAUUUACAAUUCUCUCAUUCGAGGAUCUUGCCAGGCAGGCAACAUUGAUGCCGCCCAAACGCUUUUCUUCGAGAUGCAGCGUCGUGGUCCACAUCCUGAUCUAGGAACUCACAAGAUUUUGCUUGAUGGACUGUGUAAAAAUGGAAAACUGGAAGAAGCAUUGGAAUUAUAUGGCAAGGAUGGGAUGAGCCUUGAUAUAGUUGUACACAAUAUUAUCAUUCAUGGCAUGUGUAAGGCGGAAAAGGUCGACGAGGCAUUGCAGUUGUUUAAUCUGCUUUCGGAUAAAGGGGUGGAACCAGAUGUGAUAACAUAUAAUACGAUGAUUUCGGGACUAUGUUGGAGAGGUUUAUUUGGUGAAGCCGAGAAGUUAUUUAGUGAGAUGAAAGAGAGUGGUUGUAUGCCAGAUGAUCGUACAUACAAUGCAUUGAUCCAGGGUUAUCUAAAACACGGAUACACGUUAAUGGGUAUCAAACUUAUAAAAGAAAAGAAGAGAUGCAGGUUCUCUGCAGAUGCGUCAACGACAAAGAUUGUGGUAGAUAUGGUAUGUGACGGUAGGUUGGACAAAGAGUUUUUGGAUUCUCUUUGAUAACGGGGCCUUGCUUCCUGUGAUGGCAAUCGUCUGAGUAGGAGAAGUCAACUUAACAAAGUCUUCUUGCUGAGGAAAACAUCACAAUAAGGUUAGCAUGAAACCUACUCUACUCUGGUCGCAUCAAUCAUUCUACAGAUCACUUCCUCAUGUUUGUCUCAUUAUGAAGCUGAGUUAAAAGGUAAUGUCUGUUCUGUUUUUCAUCGUUUGGUCCAAUAUAAAGAAAACAUUUGUAAUGUAAUUUCUGAAAUAGAUCUGUCCCUUAUCAUAUGGUCUCCUGUUUAGUCAUAUGGGCUACUUCAAAAUUGUUCCAUCCUAUUCCUAUUCUUAGCUUUAUUUUCU